UAUUUAUCACGUUAAUCCGAUAUUAUUAAAAUUAUAUUACCAGUACUAGACUAUCAUUAUUGUUUCAGUAAAAAUCAAAUUAAAAAUGAACUUCUAUUUAUUUUUGAGAAUAUUCUUCUGUUUUACGUGUAUAAUUACUAUACCUACAUUUUCAACUGCAUUUCCCUGCUCCGACGAAGAAUCUAACAACUAUGAUUCAGCAAAAAGUAAUGGAUCAAGCGAUGAAAUUUAUUUUUCAAAUGAGAGUAAUGGAUCAAGCGAUGAAAUUUAUUUUUCAAAUGAGGAUGGUGAUUUGGAUAAUAUUGGAACAAAUUUAUGGCAUCUUUCCUUUGAGGAUGAAGAAAAACCAAUAAAAUAUGAACGAUUCGAUAUAUACGAUCCUUCAAAUGAGAUAAAUUAUCCCCUAUCAUUUUAUCUUUCACAAAUAAGUGCAAAAAAAUUUGCUGUUCAUUCUGAUGAUAAGGGUAGAAUUACUAUUAAAAAAAUGAUAGAUAUAGGACACGAAUUUGAAGAAGAUCCAACUGUAUACCAAAAAUACAUUGCAGGGAACAUUGUUUCAGAUGAUGUAUGGAUAUCUGUCAAUUCAUUGUUUGUAUCAUCAUUCAAAAAUUUUAGAAAGUUUGAAAUUCAAUUUAACGAGGACCUUCUUAUUGGUGACAAAAAUAAGAACGACACCGUCGAAAAAGAUUAUGCAGAAAAAAUAAUUUUUAAUAACGAAUUGUUUAUUAAAAAUUUUAAAAAAGAUUUUCUUAAAAGUGUACUUGAAAAGUAUACAAAUGAGCAAAAUCAAUUUAAAUACAAAGAGAUGAUAAAACACUUUUACGAUGAUAUUGGAGAUAUUAAAUAUGUUAUUUGGACUUUUGAUAAAGAAGAAGAUGACUAUGUUAAGAAAUAUAGUUCAAAUACGCACGAUGAUACGCACGAUCAUAAGCUUUUUUUAUUUGGUUUUAAUGUUUAAAUAUAUCAAAGGUGAUAUUAAGUCAAUUGAAACAAAACAUAAUUAAUGUUAUAUUGUUUCAAUUUUAGUAUACCAUUUAAUUGUUUAUACAAUUUUUAAGACAUAUUUUUUCAAUUUAUGUUUUGAUUUAUUACUUUUGUAAUAAAAAAUUUAUUUUUUUCUAAUUUUAAACAAUACAUUUCCUGUAGUCGAUAUCUAUUUUUAACUCUUUCUCUGUUUUGAAAAAAUAAAAUUAUAAGAAUAUAUCUA